UUGCGAGAGGCGCGUUUCCCCGCAGAGGAGCGCGCAUGGAUCCCUGAGCGCGCACACUCGCACGCGCGCGCCCCCGACUCCCCCAAACACACGCACUUCAGCGCGCUCGGUGUGUUUAUUCGGUGUGUGUUUACGGUUCGGCGACGAUGUGGAUCCAGAUCCGGACGAUCGACGGUAAGGAGACGCGCACGGUGGAGGAUCUGUCGCGCCUCACCAAGAUCGAGAGUCUGCGCGUGAAGAUCCGCGACAUCUUUAACGUCAAACCGGAGCAGCAGAGGCUCUUCUACCGGGGAAAACAGAUGGAAGAUGGACAGACGCUGUUUGAUUAUAACGUGGGUCUGAAUGACAUCGUCCAGCUUCUGAUUCGCUCUCAGACGGACCCGCCGGAUAGCCCCGCCCUCAACAACGGAGAGGGUGUGGUCUGUACAGAAGCUCCGCCCACCACAUCCACACCCGACUCUGCCUCAGACGCGCCCGCAGACACACCCACCGCAGAAGUCGUUUCCCCGGCAACCGUCGAAAACAGCAACGGAAACGAGUCCAAAUCCUGCAGUCCAGCGUCCGACAGUCAGCCGUCCACAUCCAGCCGCACGUUCCUCAUCGACCCCGGCAUCGGAGUCUUCAAAGUGAAUGAGCUGGUGGACUGCAGGGACGUCAGCAUCGGCGCCUGGUUUGAAGCAGUGAUAGAGAAAGUGUCUCCGGCCAGUAAAGCACAGAAGAAUAAAGACUCAGCGGCGCCUCGUGUGGGCAGACCCAGAAAAAACACCAAUGGAAAACUGGACACUGAAGCACAAACAUCCACAAACACACACACACACACUGACAGCAGCACAGCGGCGGCGGCGGACAGACUCACUACAGACAGCAGCAAUGACCGCGUCUCCUACCACAUCAGAUAUGAAGACUACCCAGAGAAUGGAGUGGUGGAGAUGAGUGUGUGUGACGUGCGUCCGCGCGCCCGCACUCUGCUGCGCUUCGAUCAGCUGUGUGUGGGCGAUGUGGUGAUGGUCAACCAUAACCUGGAGCUGCCGGAGGAGCGAGGAUUCUGGUACGACGCCGAGAUCACAGCGCUGAACGCCGUCUCACGCACAAACAAGGAGAUCCGCGUCAACAUACUGCUGGGAGGGCCAGGCGACGUGAUCUCAGACUGUAAGCUGCACUUUCUGGAGGAGGUUUAUCAGAUCGAGAAGCCUGGAGCUCCGGCUCUAUCAGCAGCUGACGGGCCCUACAAACGUAAGAGCGGUCCGGAGUGUAAGCACUGUAAGGCGGAUCCGGACGCCGAGUGCCGCUUCUGCUCGUGUUGUGUGUGUGGAGGAAAGCAGGACGCGCACAUGCAGCUGCUGUGUGAUGAGUGUAACAUGGCCUUCCACAUCUACUGUCUGAACCCACCACUGUCAGCCAUACCAGAGGACGAGGACUGGUACUGUCCCACCUGUAAGAAUGACAGCAGUGAGGUUGUUAAAGCCGGUGAGAAACUGAGGACCAGUAAGAAGAAAUCCAGGAUGCCGUCAGCGACUACAGAGAGCCAGAGAGACUGGGGCAAGGGGAUGGCGUGUGUGGGCCGCACUAAAGAAUGCACCAUCGUCCCGUCCAAUCACUACGGCCCCGUUCCAGGCGUUCCCGUCGGAACCACUUGGAAGUUUCGUGUUCAGGUGAGUGAAGCCGGCGUUCACAGGCCGCAUGUUGGAGGAAUUCAUGGACGGAGCAACGACGGCUCGUAUUCACUGGUGCUCGCUGGAGGAUUCGAGGAUGAAGUUGAUCGGGGUGACGAGUUCACCUACACCGGCAGCGGAGGUCGUGACCUGUCGGGAAACAAGCGCAUCGGCGAGCACUCGUUCGAUCAGACGCUCACACACAUGAACAGGGCUCUGGCGCUGAACUGCGACGCGCCGCUCAAUGACAAGAACGGGGCCGAGUCUCGAAACUGGAGAGCGGGAAAACCGGUGAGGGUGAUCCGCAGCUCCAAGGGCCGACGCAUCAGCAAAUACGCUCCUGAGGAGGGAAACAGAUACGACGGCAUUUAUAAGGUGGUCAAGUACUGGCCGGAGAUCGGGAAGUGUGGUUUUCUGGUGUGGCGGUACCUGCUGCGGAGAGAUGAUCUGGAGCCCGCGCCGUGGACACCUGAGGGCAUCGAGCGCAGCAAGAAACUGGGCCUCAAAGUGCAGUAUCCUCCUGGUUAUCUGGAGGCGAUGGCCAAUAAGACGAAGCGUGAGGCGACAGUGCGGGCGACGGGCAGCCAAUCACGCAGCAGAAAGAGAGGAAGACCUCGAUGCUCCCGACUGAAGAAACUGCAGGAGGAGGAAGAAGAGGAAGAGGAGAAACAACCUGCGCUGAACGCUGAAGAAGAAGAAGAAGAAGAACAGAGCGACGACAGCGGAGGAGACAUGCAGGAGGACGACAGCACAAGUGUGUGUGAGGAGCAGGAGGAGCCGCAGGAGAAGCGUCUGAAGGAAGUGGAGUCGUUCGUUCUGUCAGAACAGCAGAGGAAUCUCAUACAGGAAGACGAACCUAACAGGAAACUGUGGGACGAGGCUAUGAGCUUCCUGACGGAGGGACCGAACUUCCUGCGUAAAGUGGAGCAGCUGUUCAUGUGUGUGUGCUGUCAGGAGCUGUCGUUUCAGCCUGUGACCACCGAGUGUUCACACACCGUCUGUAAGUCGUGUCUCCAGAGGUCGUUCCGCGCUGAGGUGUUCACCUGUCCCGCCUGCAGACAUGACCUGGGCAAAGACUACAGUAUGAGCCUCAAUAAAAGCCUGCAGCUGCUCCUGGAUCAGUUCUUCCCCGGAUACAGCAAAGGCCGAUGAGUGUCUGAUCACGUACACAGACACACACACACACACACGCAUACACACACACACACACACACACACACAGCCUGACAUCACACCACUCCAUACGGUUUUCCUGCAGCUUGAGGAGCAACAUGCACGCACGCACACACACACACACACGCACACGCACACGCACACACACACACACACACACACACACACACAGUUCAGCAGAAAAUAACCCCUCACAAUAGGCAAUGAUGUUUUGCACUGAGAGUCUUAAAGUCUGUUUAUCAAGAUGAAUCUAAAGCACUGACACAUUUAACCCCAAAUUCAUUUCAACAUUUGACUCUACUUUUAUUUGCAUCUCUUAUUUUUAAAGCUGUUUUUGAUUUCUCAUUUGCAUAUUUUAGCAUAUUUUAGCUUAUAUUAAUGUUGUAAAUGGUUUAAGUUAUAUGAAAAUGACAUCAUUAUUACUUUAAAAUAGGCUUCAUUUACUUAAAGUAAAAUAAUCAUUAAUAAUCAUCAGCAAAAUAUCAUCUUUAUUCUCUUAAAGAGCUCAUUUUCCCCCAAAAAAUCAUAAUCACUUUAGAAAUUAAUAUUUGCUGUAUGAAUCUUGAAGCCAAAUUUGUCAAGAUUAAUGUUAAAGCACUGACACCAAAUUCAUAUGAAUAUUUCUACAUUUUUACUAAUUAGUUCUUUAUUAUCUCUUGUAUUUAAAGCUGUUUUUGAUUUCUCAUUUGCAUAUAUUAGCAUAAUAUUAUUUGCUUAUAUUAAUGCUAUAACUGGUUUAGAUUAUGUAAAGAUGAUGUCAUUGUUGCUUUAAAAUAGGCUUCAUUUACUUAAAGCAAAUAAUCAUUAAUAAUCAUCAGCAAAAUAUCAUCUUUAUUCUCUUCAAGAGCUCAUUUUCCCCCAUAAACUAAAUCAGAAAUUAAUAUUUGCUGUAGGAAUCUUGAAGCCAAAUUUAUCAAGAUUAAUGUUAAAGCACUAACACCAAAUUCAUAUUAAUAUUUCUACAUUUUUACUAAUUAGUUUUUUAUUAUCUCUAAAAUAAUCAUUAAUAAUCAUCAGCAAAAUUUACAUUUUAGUACCUCAUUUUCCUCCAUCAAGUAAUUAAUAAUCACAUUAGAAAUGACAUUUUGCUUUAAGAAACUUAAAAUCAA